GAUUGUUUUUAAAAACUUGUUUAACGUCAAAUAGUCGGCGGGAUAAACGAAAACAUUCGCAAAAUUAAAGAAAAAUAAACCAAUAUCACAUUUUUCUGAUAAAAAUUUGCUUUAAAUAUAUAAUUCUAGUCAUAAGUGCUUGUUGGUUAAGUUAUAAACAACUUUAUAGGCUGGUUAACUUGAAAACUGUAUGUUGUGUUAAAGUGCACUAGUUUCCGACAGAGACAUGGAUAAAACUGAAUCUAUCGGUAGAAGUAGUAUAGAAGGGUGCAUGAACAUCGAUUUGAUGCGGUCGCUGGUGAAGCAGUAUUCUGAAUUGGGUCAAUGGACCAGUGCCCUAUUCUGGGCGGAUGCAGCAGCAGCUGCGGCAGGUGGUGGGCUGGACUCCGCCAGUGGAGACGAUGUGUGGCUGCUGGCCAGUGCCAUGCUCGCCCGGGGAGAACUGCACAGGGCUGCACAUGCAGUCACCUCUAGAGGACUACAUAGGCGUCAUCUACUAUGCCUGGGCGUGGCGAUGCGCGCGUUCCUGGCGGCGCGGGAGCCGGCCACCGCCCUCAACUUGAUGGACGAGUGUGAUCCCAUGCUGCUUGAGCCCAGGAACACGGACCAGACACAUAAUCGCGCCCUAGCAGGAGUGUUGGUAUGGCAGGCGCGCGCGCUGACGGCGCUGGAGCGGCGCGAGGCGGCGGCCGAGGCCCUCGCCGCCGCGCUGCGGGCAGACUGCGCGCACUACGAGGCACUCGACUUGUUGCUCGAACAACACGCGCUCACGCCGCACCAGGAGAGCGAGUUGAUAGAGUCACUCCCGAUCAACUCCCAGCUGAGCGCGGCGGAGGGCGCCCUGCUCCGCGCCGCGUACAGACAGCGCCUGCACCGGUACUCGCCCGCACCCAUCGCACUGCCGCCGCCCGAUACCGACUGCCCCAUAACAGCGGAGGCGGAGGCGGUGGGCGGUCGCAUGAUGGAGGCGGCGCAGAGCCGCGCGCGCCGCCUGGCGGCCGCCUGCCGCUGGACGGACGCGCUGCGGGCGCUCGACACUGUCGACCCGUGGUGCUGCGUCGAGGUCCGCGCGGCGUGCCUGGUGGAGUUGAAGCGUAGCUCGGAACUGUUCGCCUUCGCCCACUCGUUGGUGGACGCGUACCCGCACGCGUGGACGUCCUGGUACGCUGUCGGCUGCUACUAUUAUCUUAUAGGUAAGAGCGAGUUAGCGCGUCGUUACUUAAGCAAGGCGAAGAGUUUGGAGCCGAGCGCGGGCUGCGUGUGGCUCGCCUACGGACAUAGCUUCGCCGCCGACAACGAACACGACCAGGCCAUGGCGGCGUACUUCAAGGCUAGCCAGCUAAUGUCAGGCUGCCACCUGCCCCCGCUGUACGUGGGCGUGGAGUGCGCGCUGCUGAACAACUUCACCAUGUGCGAGCGGUUCCUCACCCGCGCCGCACAGCUGCACAGCAACGCCAAGGUCAAGGCAGUGGAGGAGGGCGAGGGCGGCGCGGGCGACAAGGCGGUGUGGUCCCGCGUGGUGGCGGGGGCGCGGUCCCCGCACGUGGCGCACGAGGCGGGGGCGGCGGCCUACGGCGCCGGGGACUACCACGCCGCACGGACACUCUUCACUCUCGCACUCGAAGCCGCCACGCCGCCUGACAAACAAGAAGUAAGUCCCCGUUGGGCCGCGACAUUAGACGCGUUAGGCCACGCGUAUCGUGCGCUGGGUCGGCCGCGGGAAGCCCUAGUUUGGCACGGGCGAGCCCUAGCGCUGCGCCCCGCUCGGCCUGCGACACUGUGUGCCAUGGGACUCUGCCACGCUCUGCUGGGGAGGGAGAGAGAUGCAGCCGCGUUACUCCAUGCUGCAUUGGCACACGAUCCUGAUGAUGUAGUGGCGCUGGCCUUACUCGAUGCCAUCGUGGAUCGACUUGAUGCUCAGCUCACAGAAGAAGAGAUCCCCCAGUUCCCAUUCCCAGCAGUGAACAUCUCCCCCCCGGCGGCGCCAGUGACGCCCCCUGCCGACGCCACCAACACCUCCGACAUGAGCAUGAGCUUCGACUAGUCAACGUUACUUACAAUGUAUCACCGACCUUAUUGCACUCUAUUAAGGUUCAUUUUUGUUAUUGUUACUUUAUGAAAUUCUCAUUUAAUUAGAGUAAUCUAUGUACACAUUACUUACAAAUAUUGCAUUAUGUACCUUAUAUCAAUGUAAUAAGGACCAUUUUUACAUUCUGAUAAAUAAAAACUAAGUAGUAACUAGCUAACGUGCGAAGUAGGGGCAGGUUGUUAGUAUAAUUAUAAUGACUGCACGCGGGUUCGAUUCCCGCGCGAAGCAACCCUUUCUGUGAUUUACAAAUAGUUGUUUCGGGUCUGGGUGUCAUGUGUUUGAGAAAUUGUAUGUUUGUAAACGUACCCACGACACAGGAAAAAAUUGUAGUGCAGGUUCCUAUAAUUGGGUAGUUUCCUCAGUCAAAAAUAAAUUAUUUCGACUUUUCAAUACAAUAAAAUAAUCACACUUUCAUUCAUAGAUUUGAUGAUCUACUUAAUUUUCAUAUUUUUACCUAAUUUUCUAGAAAUAAGUCUGCUAUUUGACGCAAUAAUCUGCCGACGUCAUAACGCACUAUUUCAUACAAAAUUCAUGGAAAAAAAUCGUUUCUGACGUUUCGGAAAAAUGUAGAAUUUGACUAGUAGGAAACUAUCCUAUUAUGGUACGAAUUACUAUUGUUUUAUGAGUAAAGUGUUGUGAUCCUUAUGUUUUGUGUAAACUGGUGAUGAAAGAUUUAUUUGUAAAUUAACUACUCUGCACAAUGUAUAUAGUCUGCGAAGCCUUUUGCGGGCAACACCCGCUCAACUACUGGAUUGUACCACUAGAUUGAACGGAAGCCCCAAAUGUACCGAAGUUAUCGAUAAAAUAAAAAUAUUGAUAAAUUAAAACAA